AUGAACUUUCGCUUUGGGAUCUGGUUUGCGGUUCCACUGAUCUUGUUCUGGGAAACCCCAGAAGUCACUUCUUCGUGGUGGUACAUGGGGGCGGUGGGCUCGUCGCGGGUGAUGUGUGACAACGUGCCGGGCUUGGUGAGCCGGCAGCGGCAGCUGUGCCAGCGGCACCCCGAGGCCAUGCGCUCCAUCGGGCUGGGCGUGGCGGAGUGGACGGCGGAGUGUCAGCACCAGUUCCGCCAGCACCGCUGGAACUGCAACACCCUGCACCGGGACCGGAGCCUCUUCGGCAGGGUCCUGCUGCGCAGUAGCCGGGAGUCUGCCUUUGUCUAUGCCAUCUCCUCUGCUGGAGUUGUAUUUGCUAUCACAAGGGCAUGUAGUCAAGGAGAAUUAAAAUCAUGCUCCUGUGAUCCGAAGAAGAAAGGGUCUGCCAAGGACAACAAGGGCCACUUUGAUUGGGGUGGUUGCAGCGAUAACGUUGACUAUGGUGUCAAAUUUGCCAGAGCAUUUGUGGAUGCCAAAGAAAGGAAGGGAAAAGAUGCCAGAGCACUAAUGAACCUUCACAACAACAGAGCUGGAAGAAAGGCUGUGAAGCGUUUUUUGAAACAGGAAUGCAAAUGUCAUGGCGUGAGUGGAUCAUGUACUCUGAGAACCUGCUGGCUGGCCAUGGCAGACUUUAGGAAAACAGGAGAUUAUCUAUGGAGGAAAUACAAUGGAGCGAUUCAGGUGGUCAUGAAUCAAGAUGGCACUGGUUUCACUGUGGCUAACAAGAGAUUUAAGAAGCCCACCAAGAAUGACCUGGUAUACUUUGAGAGCUCGCCAGACUACUGUAUCAGAGACAGGGAUGUAGGCUCCCUCGGGACAGCUGGACGGGUUUGUAACCAAACCUCCCGCGGUAUGGACAGCUGUGAGGUGAUGUGCUGUGGAAGAGGUUACGACACUUCACGGAUCAGCCGGAUGACAAAAUGCGAAUGUAAAUUCCACUGGUGCUGCGCUGUGCGCUGUCGAGACUGCCUGGAGGAGGUGGACGUACACACAUGCAAAGCACCGAAAAGUGCUGGAUGGAUAGCUCGAACAUGACUACGUGGGGAGACUGGCAUUCAAAUGCUGAACCUUUCAGUUUCAUGCAGGGAGUAUGUCUAGGGCAUUUGCUACCUUUUUUCAAGUUUCACCUCCCUUUCAGCGCAGAGAAAUUGCUAAAUAAUUAAUAUAAAUUAUGUUGUAGCCAAUUAGCAUUUUUGAGGUUGUAAUAUUUUUGUGGCUUUGCUCUCGGUGUUGGGAAACAAUGAAACUUUUAAGUCACCGUUUUUUAAAUGCAACACAUAAUUCGCCUGUGGAAAUCACUGACAAAAGAUGUUACUAAGGCCAAGAGCAUGGUAAGGUUUAGAAAGAGGUGAGACAUUCAUAUGAAUAAGAACGUCCACUGUUGCCUUAUAUAGGAUGAGAUUUCUUAAAGCUUCCUUCAAACCAUAUAGUCCUGGCCCCAGUCAGGCACAAGGAGUGGAUGGACCAUUGCUCUGAUCCAGUAUAGCAAUUCUCGUGUAACGGAACCUCUGAGCCCUGUGUGGAGUAAAGGUAUUCUAGAAGUAACUUUCUCCAUCUCCUGUCAAAUGAUAGGGCUGCCCUCUUGUGGAUUGUGUGGGGCCAGUUCUGCCUUUGCAUGCCCAUUUGCUGGUCCCACAGACAUCAACAUGCUGCACAUUUAAACUACAGGCCAGGAUGGAAAGCGAAGGAAAUUGCAACCAAUUGCAUUCACCCAUGGUAUUUCCUCUUAAAGAGUCAGAGCAAGUCUUUUAGUUACAUGUGCACAGAAUUCUCAAUUUAAAAUCUACCUUAAAAGGAUUUUAAACAAAUUUAUUAAUGUGAAUCGCUGAUAUUUCCCCCCUGCAAGUUGCAAUGUAAUUAAAUGGAAGGAGGACAUUUAUUUCUCAGACCCUUUGUUAACUAGCUUUACCUGAGCAGAUGUAUCAAACUUAGAAAUUAGUUGUUCACCUCCCUUUGGAAAAGGGACAUGAAAUAUCUUGGGCAUAAAUAUGUUUUGAAUUUUUUUUUUACUAACUGGGUAAAUGUGAAAACACAUUUGUGUUUCACAAUGUGAA